GAGGGUGUGUGUGAGGGUAUAUGUGUGAUUUUGUUUCCUUGAAUUCAUUUUGGUUUUCGGACUUAAAUUGAUUGUAAUAAUUAUUUUGUUCCAAAUGUGUAUCUCAUUCUUAUUGUACUCUCUCUGAAAGGCAGUUGUCUGCAUCUAGAUGAUGCUGGUUAUCUAGACGAAGUGCAGUGUGGAGACUUCAUCUCUGGAUGCCCAAAAGUCCCAUAUUUAAGCAAUGAGAUAUAUAAAUAUCAAGAGUGUUUGGUAAUUGACAGGCAGAAUAAAUGUUUCGAAGCAGCUGCGUCAUGCCGGAAACUAGCAACAAAUAGCACGACAGUGGGGCGGAUAAUGCUGACUGCUUCAAGCCCAAUCAUUGUUAUUUUCAUCAUCUGUUUUAUCUGCGUUAGAUAUAUGUAUCGACGCAAAUGUGUAUCAUACAAGAAUCCUGAAGCGAGAUAUCUUUUCCACGAUAAUGAUGGCGAGAUUUCCAUACACGAUGCAGCCUGGAAUGGUGACAUGGAUCUUCUAAAGCUCCUUAUUGAGAAAGGCUUGAAUAUCAAAAGCACGAAAGAUGACGGAAAAACUGUUGUGCAUGCGUGUUGUGGUAAUGGUAAGCUAGAAGUUUGUAAGUACUUAGUGAAGACUUACCCUAGCUUAGUACAUGUCACUGACAGUCGUGAUCGCAACGUCUUACAUGAUGCAGCACUGAGUGGCGAUAUUGAUAUGUUCAUGUUUCUAAUAAGGAAAGGUUUAGAUGUCAAUAACAAAAGUAAUGAUGGAAAAACUGUGCUUCAUGCGUGUUGUUAUAAUGGUAAAAUUAAAUUGUGCAAGUAUUUGGUCAAAACAUAUCCCUACUUACUAGAUAUCACUGACAAUAAUGGUGAAAAUGUUUUGCAUGCUGCAGCGAUAGGAGGAAACAUUGACUUAUUUAUCUUGCUCGUAGGGAAAGGCAUUGAUAUCAGGUCGAAAACAAAUGAUGGCAAAAAUGUUCUACAUUUGUGUUGUAGAAAUGGUAAGAUGGACAUGUGUAGGUAUUUGGUCAACACAUAUCCUUACUUACUCAAUGUCAUUGACAAAAAUGGAGGGAAUGUCUUACAUGAUGCAGCUUGGGGCGGUAACAUCAAUGUGCUAAAAUUUCUUUUAAAGGAUCCGAAAGGCUUAAAAGUAGAUAUUAAAAGCAAAGAUGGAAAAAGUAUUUUACAUCAGUGUUGUUUGAAUGGUAAACUGGACAUGUGUAAGUAUUUGGCAGAAACUUAUCAUUGGUUAAUAAACGAUAUCGACAAGUAUGGCGAAACCGUUUUACAUGCUGCAGCCUGGGGAGGUAACAUUGAGCUGUUAAAAUUUCUCAUCCAAUAUGGUUUUGAUAUAAAUGACAAAAGACAUGACGGUAAAACACUGCUACAUCUAUGUUGUAUGAAUCGGCAGAUGGAAAUGUGUAGAUACAUAGUCAGCAAUUAUACUGACCUUGUAGAGGUCAUUGAUGAUUAUGGUCAAAAUGCCUUACAUGAAAAAGUCUGGGGCGGUGGUAUCGUUGGCUCUCCUAAAGGUUUGGUUAGAAAAAGGGCUAAAUAUUCCUCACACAAUGAAUGAUGGAGUACUUUUCAAAAUAUUUAUUGUCUGAAUGGUAUUAUGAUUAUUUUUUUAGAAUGUUACCAAAAUUUAUUUGUUAAAGAGAAUGAUGCGGAGAAAUUCAGAAAUAAUUUUUGGAUUCAGCUUUUGGGUAAAGCCAUGAUAAGUUACAUUUAUUAGAGAAUUAAUUUGGUAUUGACAAGGCAUUCGCAGACUUUGGCAGAACAAAAAGAAGAAAAAUGCAUAGUUGUUGACAAUGAAGGGAUAAAAAGCGUAAAAUAUAUAUGUUUCGUACUUUAAUUAAUUAAAUAAAUUGGGAACAUUUCACAUUGCAGUACAGUUAACGUGCGCAAAGGAAAUAUCGACUGAAUUUUGUAUUUAAAAAUGUAUUCGUAAUCGGGAUGGCGAUUAUUUUUAGUACAUUAUUUAUAUCGGAUAAUUGUAAUUAUGAUUAAUAGCUACAUAUCGAGGACUAUUAUAUUUUAUAUUUAGACUAGUCACGUGAUGCGGCCGUCACGCGAUUUUAGCUAAUUGACUUGAAGUAUUGAUGUUACAUUUAAUAUCACAAGUGCAAGGGCAUACAAGUUAAAUACAAGUUAAAUUUCCAAGUUUAGUAUAUAAAUAGAUUCUGCAAUUUCAUUGUUAAAAUUAUACUUGUUUGACCGAAUGCUAUAUUUUUUGCUGGUCAGCAGCAAGAAAUAUUGAUGUAAUUAAAUUGUUUUUAAGAUUUCAUCAGGAUCGCAGAACUUUUCAGAUACCUUAAUAGUUCUAUUGUUGAAAUUUAAAAGCUUACUUUGAUCCAUAAAGUGUAUGCCCUUGCACUAGAUCGAUUUAUUAAGACCCCCCACAUUACCCUCCGAUGUACUUGCAUACAAAUAUACGGCAGUGUCAAUUAAAUACGUAAUGUAUAGAAAAUAGAUUAGUUAAAUAGUGAAGAAGACAUUAAAUUCAAGUUAUUGGCCCAUAGAAUAUCUGUAAAUAAUAUUUUAUUUAAUUAGAGAAUACAUAUUUUGUUGAGAAAAAUUACUUUAUCUGUCUCUCACUGCAUACAAACUACGUCACUUUGUAAGAAAUGACGUCAUAUUGACAAGUGUAUUGCGAUCAGUGACUUGUUUAUAAAUUGUUAUGUGCAUGGGAUUUAACUAACGACAAAGCAACACGCUGUAGUAAGUUUUUAUGUAGUUUGAUGAUUUCUUACUGAUUAAAUUAGCAGAUAAACUCAUUUUGUGGUAUUUUAAAGAAAUGUGGUAUGACGUAUAUUAUGUAUGACAAGUCAAGUCAAGUUUUUCCGUACAAAUUAGGCUCCGCCUCCUUUUUGUAACCUUAACUGUGCUGCAAUUUUGAAAUAGUAUUAGUUAUGAAUUGUUCAAUUUAAUAUUGAUAGAAGGGAAACCUGUUAAAGUACAAAUAUGAGUAAUUUUCUUAACCUGACCUUUAUCUGCGCACUGUCAGUGCAAUAUAAAAUAAGCAGGGGUUGAAUUAUAUCUGAAAUGUUUACUGUGACGCUUUGUGCUGAUCAUUUUUUCAUAAAUGUAUAUUUUCUCAUGUAUCUUUGCCACAAAUUAAAUGUUUUUGCUAUAUUGAGAAUUCAAUCUCCAUGAAGUAUAUAUUAGAUGCAAUAAUCAACUGAUUUCAUAAUAAACCUUACUUCCAUGUAGAGUUUGAUACACCAUGCGAUUUCAAUCAAUAUUUAAUUCAAAAUGCCAAAAUUAAUUUAAUUUAAAAUGUAUCAAUUUUGUGGCAUUACUAUUUUUUGUUUAUUUAGUUAUACUAUACAUUUACACUAUUCUUUUGCAAUUUUAAACAUUUUUAAGCACUAGCUAAUUAACAAAUUAUAUUUGGACAGGGGUUACGAUAAACAACUGUGACUUUAUAAAAUAGUGUUAAUAUGUGAAAAAUUGUAUGAUUGUAACAGUGAAAGUCAUGCUAAGGAAAUGUGAAAUUACAUUACAACAAGAGGCCCAUGGGCCUUAUAGGUCACCUGAGCAUCAUGCAACAACUUUCCAACGAUUGAAUUUGGUUUAUUUUUUAAACUUGACAUAAUGGUAUUCACGAUUUUGAAAGAGGCACCAUUGGUUAUUUUUAUAAUAAAUAUACACUUAGCAUGGUUACUUUGGUUACUUAAUUUCCAUAUAUAGAGUAGGGAAACCAAAUAAAAUGCAUUUUGACCAAUCAGUAAUAUUCAGCAGUAAUCAGUUGUGCCCUUACCACACAUGAACGUCUGACCCUUCACAAUUUUACUCAUUAAAAUGUUUCAUCAAUAUCAAGGAGCAGAUAUUAAUCAAUUAAUUCAUUUACAGUGUAUAAGUAG